AUGGUCGCGCAAAAACGAGCGCUAAGGGCCUCAUGUGAUAACUGCCAUCAAGCCAAAGUCAAGUGCGUUUCAACAUCGGCUGGAUGCCAGCGCUGCCUAAGUUUGAAUGUACUCUGCGUCCAUAGUCCUCCUGGACGGUCCGGAAGGGUGCCAGCUGCUAGUAGAGAUAGAGACAGGAGUUCGCACGAGAAUAACAACAAUAGCAAAGAGCAGAGCUGCACAAUUCACGACCCUGGCGUCUCCGCAGAGAGUGAAGAUGACAACAUUGCUCCACAAGUGUCUUUGCCUACCCCUCCUCCCGCAGCUUCAGCGCUCUCGACACCCCCUGCAACCGAAUUUCCCACAGAUUCACUGGCGUUAAUCGAUGAGCCUAUGGACCUGAUGCUCUCUAGCUGGUUACCCAUGAAUCAUCAGCAGUCUCUACACGACGACCCCGGUAGUACCCCGACUGGGAGAUCCUCCAUUCCGUCCACCGUGACAUCUGCAACAGAGUCUAUAUCGUCAACAUCAUCACUAUUUAAUCAGCCGACGACUCCAGUAUUCGGAAUGCCAUUACCUAUAUCAACUGCUAUGGCCGAUUUUGCUACAAGAGAACCAGGAAUGGUUCCGCAACGAACCUCACAAGCAUCUCUCAAUUACCAUCACCUUCUUAGCCCUAAGGGUGCUGGGUUGACGUGUACCUGCUUCCAGUCAAUUAUCCGUGCACUCGAGAAAAUUCAAAAGGCAAACAUGCCUUCUCUCAGUCUGGAUGUUGCUCUCGGUCAAAAUAAAGAAGCUCUCAUGCAAAUUUGCAACUCGCUCAAAUGCACGUUUCCUCACGAUAGCACGACUCGACUGCUUACGAUGGUGCUCCUGCGCAGAAACCUCCAUGUUUACCACUUGCUAUACCAAUUGCGACUCCGAAAUGAAGCCGAGACAAAUACCUCUAACUCUGAACUGUUUUCUCCUUCCUCGCAUUCAUUAUCCCCAUUCACCUUUCCAUCACUGCGUCAGGGGUUUGGGACCGGGGGCAACCGGCAUUAUGAUUAUAACUUCCCUACUGAACAGUUAUAUCAAGAAAAGGAUACAACGAGUAGUGUUCCUGGUCAGGGAAGUACUAGACUAACCCUUGGAGCGUAUCAGCUGGACGAUGCAGACGAGAGCUCUUUAAAAAAGCAAAUUCUUUUGUUGGAUGUUAAUAAGGUGCCACUUUUGUUAGAGAGACUCGAUCGUCGUGCUUGUGGGCUUGAUGAGACGGAUGGAUUGGACUUGUACAACAUGAUGCGCAGCGCACUGAUCGCUGAGUUCCGUGCUAUUGUGACAGCCGUCGAAGCAUAG